AUGGCAACUGGUUCAUUGACCGACUUACUGUCUCAAUUAAAUGUUCAAUCCACACAUAAUGAGCAUUCUCAAGUUGAAGAGACCAGUAUUCAAUUGUUAGAAAAUGGCUGUACCAAUCCCGGUAUGGCAUUGAAAUACUGUUUGAUUGCACUUAUUCAACAGGAUAAGUAUAACAAAGCUCUAUCUGUUUUGAAUAAAUAUAAGGCUGUUGAUACAAAAUAUGGUAAUCAAUUGAAAAUGGAAAAAUUAUACAUAUAUUACAAGUUAAAUAAUGUGACCAAGUUUGAAAAACUAUAUUCUUCUAUCGUUACUGAUGAUAUCGAUACUUUAUUAUCUAAACCUGAGGGUCAAAUAGAAAAAUUGAGAGGUGUUCUACAUGUUAGAGCUCAAUUUUGUUAUAAGAAUGGUCAAAACGAUGAAUCAUACCGUAUCUAUAAUUACCUAGCGUCUCAUAAUUCCACGGAAGUUGAUAACACUACUGAACUUGCAUGUAACGAAAGGGUUCCAUUAACUGUUGAGCCAAACAUGAUGAUCAACUAUCCAUUAAUCAAUGAAAUUUCUGAAGACUCCUACGAUAUAUUAUUUAAUGAAGCUAUCGUAUUGGCUGCACAAGACAAAUAUAAGGAAUCUUUAGGAUUAUUGGAAAAAUCAUAUAACAUUGCCAAAGCUAGUGACUAUCAGGAUGAUAUCAAUACCAUUGAACUUCAGUUAUCUUAUGUUCAUCAAUUACUAGGUAACACUGCUGAUAGCAAAGAAUAUCUAAAUAAUUUAUUGAAAAGAUUAGAAUCAGGCUCUCAAAUGCAUAUCCUUGCUAAGAAUAACUUAAUUGCUUUUCAAGAUUUCUCCAAGUAUAAGGAUAAUAUCAAUUUAUUAAUGAGAGAAUUGAAUAUUGAAAAGCAAAAUGGGCUGAACAUACAAUCAUUUACUCAUGAUCAAUGGACAAAAUUAAAUUCCAAUGCAAUGUUUUUGAAAUUAUUCAAUAAUGUGGCAGUACAACCUCAUUUAACCCGCCUAUCUCGUACAUUACAUAACUAUACUAAGAUAGUGGACAAUAUAAACUUGGAACCUUAUCAAACACAAUCUAAAAAACUAUACCAUUUUGCUACUAAAGCAGUCAACAGUUCUACAGAGGGUAGCACUAUCGGUGCAGUCUUAUUAACCGUCCAAUUACUUACUGUUGAAAAUGAAUGGGAUAACGCCAUUAGAUUAAGUGAAUUGUUUUUCAACAAAUCUAUAACAUCCAACAACGAAUUAACAGAUGAUCUUAUUACUAUAGUUUAUGUGCUAUUUGAAUUAUACAAUCAUGUCGGUAGAACACACUCCAAAUCACUGUUAUUAAAGAAGACCAAUGAAUUAUUUAAUUCUAAAGAUUUUUCAAAAAUUACAAAAUCCUCAAUUAAUAAAUUAAAUUUCUGGAAACAUAUUGCAUUCCAAUAUUUGACCUUAAGUAAAUCAACAGAUGGUAGAAAGAUCUUUAAACAAUUGAUAAAUGUAAAAUAUUUUAAGGACCAUUUGAUGGAUGAAAAUAUUCAACAAAUAUUGAAUGAAAAUAAUGAAGAUUCAUUUGAUUUUGCGAGUGUCUCUAACUUAGUUGCAUCUGUAGAUGUUCCAGCAUUGAUAUCAUCUGGUAUUACUCCAUUGGGUAACAACUCCAAUAGAUCGCAAACUGUUGCAGCUGGGUCAAUAAAUAGGGUGAUGAAAAAAAAAUUAGCUGCAAGGAAGGAAAAGAAAAAACAAGCUAAACUGCAAAAGUUUUUAGCUACACAUGAUGUAACUAAUAAAUCAGUUGACCUAGAAAGAUGGUUACCGUUAAAAGAUAGAUCUACUUAUAGACCAAAGAAGAAGCAACUGGCUAAACAAACUCAAGGUGGUGCUAUGAACAAACAAACGGAACAAGCAUUAGAUAUUUCAAAGAAACAAAAGAAGAAUACUAAUACUGGUUCAAAAAAGAAGGUUAAGAAGGGUCGCAAAUAA